AUGAUGUUUCCAAAUUUUAAUUCAUUAAUCCUUGCUAUAUUGUUCCUCACAUUUUCAUCGGCACAAAUAAAUCUUUACUCAACUCCUUUCAUCGAUUCAUCAACAUCACAAUUCGGAAGAAGAAUUGAGGGAGCGUCAGUGAAUGCUAACGGAGAUAUGUUCGCAACAAAUUUCGGUGCAAACCUAUUCGCGAUCGGUAGUAUCACACCAUCACAAUCGGUUUAUCAUACUUCCUCAUCACCAAAUUCUUUUUACAAUAGUAUAAGGUUCAUCCCAUUAACAAAAACACAAGUGUAUCAAGGUGUACAAGGGGUUGCAUUAUUGGCCAAUGUAAAAGAGAAUCAGAUCACGAAAAUCGUUGUAGAUAAGGAUGGCUAUGUUGAACAAAGUGCAAUCUGUAUGGAUCAAACUUUAUCAUUACCAAAUGAUUUAUCGUAUAGUUACGAGACCAAUAGAAUAUAUAUUUCGGGGCAAAAUAUUACCGCCAAUACCGUUAAAGGUGAUGGAGGAUUAUGGGUUUGUGAUGGUAAAAGUGGAAUUGUGAUUGACCACGUAUCAUUUGGUCGAACGAAUGGUAUCGAGAUUUCUCCUGAUGAAAAUACUUUAUAUAUUUCAGAAACUUUAAAUAAAGAUUCCAAAGUGGUAUCCAAUAAGAUUUGGAGAUUUAACAUUGAUAAAAGUACGGGGAAAGUAUCUAAUCAAGAACUUUUCGUGGAUUUUGAAAUAUUAGAUGGUACUCAAGCUAUUGAUAUUGAUGGUAUGAAAACUGAUAUUGACGGGAAUUUGUAUGUCACAAGACAUGAUGGAAGUCAUGUCUCCGUGUUUGAUCCUCUAGGGAACCUUUUAUCUAAAAUUUAUUUAAGUUCUAUUAAAAAACCUACCAAUUUGGAGUUUGGUGGUGAUUAUGGUAAAACUUUAUUCAUUGUUGGUGCCUGUAUUGAUGAUGGUACGAAAGGUUGCGUAGAAACCAUUCUAAGUGAUGUACCUGGUAGAGCGUUUACCGCUUUAAAAUCUUUAAAUGGGAAAUUGAUUUAG